UCAUAUGUCGCAAUUCCGAAUCCGAUCCUAUGUCAAUAUUUCAGAGAUCAGCUGCAAGAAUUUGUAAUAAAAUUUUCAUCAUUUUUAUUUUAAGAAGUUUAUACGAGUGAAUUAAAACGUACGCUAAGAUUAAAGUGCGUAGCUCUGUGCAUGUGACAUGCCCGGUAUAUCUCGAAUAGUGAACCCCAAGAAGAAAAACUUUGAUAAAGCCAUGGAUGACGCUGGAAAGGAAGCCAAAUCUUUAAUCGAAAGAAUAUUGGGGGACGUCAGUAAGACCUCUGCUACGAAACAAAUUGUUCUUGGUGCUUCAUCAGGAUGGGUUACUGGUUUCCUUGCUAUGCGGGUUGGAAAAACCGCAGCUUUAGCCUUAGGAGGUGGAAUAAUUUUGCUUCAAAUCGCUAAUGAGAAGGGUUACAUUAAAGUCAAUUGGGACAAAGUAAACAGAAACCUCGAUAAAGUUGCAGACAAAGUAGAGGAAAAGAUAACUGGGGAAUCUUCAACCUGGGCUGACAGAGCUGACAGAUUUGUUGACAGAAAACUAAAUCAAGCUGAGGAUGUUUUAAAGAAGGGCCAGAAGAAAGCUAAAAAAUGGUAUUACGGUGAAAAUGGCAUCACUGAAAUGCAGAUUUUUAUUUUAUCAUUUACCGCAGGAGUGGCCAUUGGAGUAGGGUGUUCAUAAAUUAUAAAAUAUAAUCUAGCAAUACAGUAGGUUGUAGAUAUCAUAUUCGUUAUAAGUUUUACUUUACCUAUUGCUUUAGUAUUAAUCUCAUAGAUCCGAAUAAAUCUUUUACUCACUUUAAUUUUUUACUAAUGGCUUUAAAAAUGUAUGUAAAUAAUAGUAUUAUAUUGUAAUAUAUCUGAAUACCCAUGCAA